GGAUAUUGUAUCAAUUGACAAUCGCUACAUUAAACCCAAGAAUCGACACUAAAAAUCUUAUAAGAGAUUUUUUUUCCUUUAAAAAUUUCACCAAAUUUUUUUUGGUUUCCCGGACUUUACCACAGAACUCCCGCCCACUAAAAAUUAUUUUUGCGUGAAAAUUUAUUUAGGUUUCUUUUAGUAUUAGGUUUUACUAAGUUUGAUUCACAUUUCACCAGUUAAGCAAAACUAAACCUCUAUUCCUUUUAAAAACCCCCAAUUCUUCUACAUGCAAUCUAAUUCUCGAUCAAUUUACCUCUUGGAUCUUCAAAUUCGAGAAGCGAUUAAGAUUCUUUUGGCUUAAUUGUUGGAAGCUCUAAAGUUUAUCGUUGCGGCAAAUUUUUUUUUUAGCAUUUUCAGAUCUAGAUGGCAAAAAGAAGACGUUUGAACAAGAUCAGAGUAUCUGUGGAGAAUCCUUCCACUUCAACAGAAAUGGCUGAAACUCAACAUACAGAUAUGGACGCAUCGCAUACUGUCCAAAAAACAAUGUCUAGAGAAGAAACAACCAUAGAAAAUGAGAUGGAUCCAUCAAUGCAAGAUGAUCAGGAUAGUGAAGAAAAUUCUGUGACUCGUAGAGGUCCAACUAUUCUUGCUGACAUCUGGAACCAAUCCCCGGAAGAAAAGUGGGUUGUCAAAUUCAAUCGUUAUGGACAACCUAUUGGUGAAGAAAGUACUCUUUUAUCUAGUUUUAUAGGCACCAUAGGGAGAAAUCCAGAGCUAGCACCACAAGGACAUCCUGAUUGGAGACUGGUUCCAAAGGAAUACAAAGAUAAGUGCAUGGAUGAGAUAAGGGCACGUUUUACGUUUCCACGUAUUGGGGAACCUUUCAUUCUAAAGACUAUAGGAGAAAGAGUGAAAGAUUUUAGAGGAGAAUUAAAGGCUGAGUAUUAUGAGCCAAACAAGCAUAAUAGGAACCUACUAGUAGAAAACAAGCCUGGUCGUGUACCUAUCGAGCAAUGGCUGAAAUUAAUUACAUAUUGGGAACAAGAUAAGACUAAGAGGCGUGCAACUAUGAAUAAGAACAACCAAUUGAAACAAAAAAUGCCUCAUUGUUCUGGAAGGAAGAGUUUUGCUCGCAGAAGAGCAGAAAAGACUAUUAAUGGUGUGGAGCCUUCUUGAGCACAAAUUUAUAUUGAUACUCAUAAGGAUAGAAAGACAAAGGAUAAAAAAAGAUAGAUGAAGAAUCAGCUAAAGCUGUUGAGUUGAUGAAAGAAAAACUAGCUGAAAUUCCUGGUGGUGUUGAACAAUCUGAAGGAAGAAUUGCAUGGUCGGGUGAUAUAUAUGAUCAAGUUAUUAAUAAGCCAGAAAAGUAUGGCAAACUGCGUGGAGUUGGUUUUGGAGUUAGUUCGUCUAUUAUAAGAGAUAACUCAUCAGCUAGCCAAUUACGUUUGAUUUCUUCAAAUAAUUGUGACAAUGUGCAAUUUGAGAAUUUAAUUGAGGCGAGAAUUAAGGUGAUACAAGAAAAACAUCAAAAAGAAUUGAAAGAAAUGCAUGAGAAGGCAAAGGAAGACAUGAAACAGAUGCAUGAGAGACAAGAAUAUUUAGAGGAUAAUCUCUCUAAGUUAGUUGAAUUUCUAACAAAUACUCUGCCAAAAAAA